GCGCGGAGGUAAGUCAUGCCACGCGUGGCGACCGGUGGCGAUAGUCUCUGAGUCGGUAAUUCAGCCUGCAAGUGGGGCGGGUCGACCCGUUAGGUCCGUGGCCCGAACCUAAAUUUGUGGCACCAAUAGGUUUUCGGGCCGGUCCAUAUUUUCUUAGGUAACAAUGGGUCCAUGAGUCAGUUGAUCCUAGGGGUUUUCGGGUCGGCCUUGUUCGAGCGCUCCGCUUGCUCGCGUUCGCAUGGCGUCGGCGGCUUUAGGGCUCCCGGCCUGAGGCGGUGCGGCUCCACCGCGGAUCGAGCCGGCGGCAGUGGCUCCCGGCAGAGGCGGCAGCGGUGGCGGCGCAGCUUCCCCGUGGAUCGAGGUGGCGGCAGCGGCUCCCGGCGGAGGCGGAGGCGGCGGCAGUGGCGGCUUCGACUUCGCGGUGUGAUCCACCACGGGUUGAGGCAGCGGUGGCUAGUUCCUUCUUUCGGCGGCCGACGGAGGCACCGGCGGGCGACGGCUACCUGCUUGGUGGCCAACCGGCGAGGUGCUCCGGAGGACACUCCACCGGCAGCAACAGUGAGCUCAGUAAAUCUAAAUGAAAUCAGCUAUAGUGAUAAUUUUGUGAACCUGGACCUGGAGGAUUCCAUGGAUGGUGGAAGCUUGUGAAUGCCCAAACAAAGGAUUUGGAUAUUGAUGCAUGUAGAAUCCCUCGUUUCGGAAGUCUGCGGUCGCGAGGAAAAGAGUUCGGAAGAUUGUUUGAAGAAGCAAGGCAAGUCACACAUUCCCCUUGAGCAUUUUGACCCUACCUUACAAAUGUUUUCCGUUUGCAAAUAAAUAUGCAUCGUUUUGCUAAUUACAUGGGAAUAGGGUUCACGUAUAUGCUUGCUUGUGCCAUAUUAUUUGAUAUCUGUCCUUGUCACGACCGAAAAUAACACAACGGGCGUUCCUUACGUGCGUGCAUUAUUCCUUGUCCCAGGAGGCAAGGUACACCAAAAGUUGAUAC